GCUUUACGGUCGGGCUCGGUGAUCGGUGAACCGCUGAAGCGGCUGCUGGGAGGAGAUUUACCGACAUUUAGUGGCUGACAGCCGGCCUCAGGCUCCUCUGCUGCGGGACUCGGUCUCCUCCUCACACCGACAGACCUCUGUCUCCUCCGGUCCUCCUCCGGUUUCAGACACGAAGCUGCAGCUCGACAGUUCUUGGAGUGGUUAUUAAAUAUUUCUUCAUCAGAUUGGCGUCACAAACAGGAUCUCAAUACAACGAAGGCUGAUCCAACCCCACCCUCGCAGACUGAUCGGAGGGAAUCUCGACCACGCCAACCGUCUCUGCCUCCACCAUGCAGACCUCCAUCCUCCUCCUCCUCUCCUCCGUGCUCAUCCUCUCCCUCCUCAUCCCCCUCUGCUCCUCUCAGAGCGAGUCCGACCUUGUGGUUAAUACCCGUGCAGGGCGAGUCCGUGGCUUCCGUCAGCCCGUGCUGGACCACAGCUAUGUCAGCGCUUUCCUGGGCAUCCCCUUUGCCGAGCCUCCCGUGGGGAAGCGGCGUUUCCGCCGCGCCGAGCCCAAACGCCCCUGGACGGGGGUGUAUGAAGCCAUGGAGUACCCCAACGCCUGCUACCAGUUUGUGGACACAUCGUACCCUGGUUUCCAUGGCAGCGAGAUGUGGAACCCUAACAGAGAGAUGAGCGAGGACUGUCUGUAUCUGAACAUAUGGGUGCCAUCCUCGGCAAGACCACACAACCUCACUGUCAUGGUGUGGAUCUACGGAGGAGGUUUCUACAGCGGCUCUUCUUCUCUGGAUGUAUACGACGGUCGCUACCUCGCUCACAGUGAAACGGUCAUCGUGGUCUCCAUGAACUAUCGGAUUGGAGCGUUUGGCUUCCUCGCUCUGCAUGGCUCUUCAGAAGCUCCUGGAAAUGUGGGUCUGCUUGACCAGAGGAUGGCGCUGCAGUGGGUCCAAGACAACAUCCAUGCCUUUGGAGGAAACCCCAGACAGGUGACAAUCUUUGGAGAAAGCGCUGGUGGAGCUUCUGUCGGGUACCACCUCUUGUCUCCCAACAGCCGGCCCACCUUUACCCGGGCCAUCCUUCAGAGCGGUGUCCCUAACUGCCCCUGGGCCUCGGUCAGCCCCGCUGAGGCCCGGAGACGGGCCACGCUGCUAGGGAAACUGGUCGGCUGCAAUGGAGGUAACGACACAGAGCUGGUGGACUGUCUUAGGAGCAAAACACCCCAGGAGCUCAUCGACCAGGAAUGGCAGGUCCUGCCAUGGUCGGCCCUCUUCAGGUUCUCCUUCGUCCCCAUGGUCGAUGGCGUGGUUCUCCCCGACACACCCGAGGCCAUGCUGAACUCAGGAAACUUUAAAGACACUUCAGUGCUGCUCGGGGUCAACCAGGACGAGGGAUCCUACUUCUUGUUGUAUGGCGCUCCAGGCUUCAGCAAAGACAAUGACAGCCUCAUCUCCAGAGAGGACUUCCUGGAAGGUGUGAAGCUGAGCGUUCCCCACGCCAACGACAUCGGUUUGGAGGCUGUGGUGCUGCAGUACACCGACUGGAUGGAUGAGAACAACGGGAUUAAGAACCGUGAUGCCAUGGACGACAUCGUCGGGGACCAUAAUGUUAUCUGCCCGCUCGCUCACUUUGCCCGCUCCUACGCCCAGCACUUCGCCACGAAGGCUAACGCAGGACUGGGCGGGAUGAACAGCGGGGGAAACUCACAGGGCGGUGUCUACCUGUACCUCUUUGACCACCAGGCGUCUAACUUGCCGUGGCCCGAGUGGAUGGGAGUGAUCCACGGCUACGAGAUUGAGUUUGUGUUCGGCCUGCCGCUGGUGAAGAGGCUGAACUACACGCUGGAGGAGGAGAAGCUGAGCCGCCGCAUGAUGAGAUACUGGGCCAACUUCGCUCGCACCGGAAACCCAAAUCUGAACCAUGAUGGUAUGGUGGAGAAUAAGAAGCGCUGGCCUGUGUUCACGUUGAGCGAGCAGAAACAUGUUGGUCUGAACACCGAGCCGCUGAAGAUCCACAGAGGACUGAGGAACCAGAUGUGUGCUUUCUGGAACCGCUUCCUGCCACGCCUCCUCAACAUCACUGAUAACAUCGACGAGGCGGAGCGUCAGUGGAAGGUGGAGUUCCACCGCUGGUCUUCCUACAUGAUGCACUGGAAGAGUCAGUUUGAUCACUACAGCAAGCAGGAGCGCUGCACCGACCUCUGAGCCCCGACCACUGAGAGAGAGAGAGAAAGAGAGAGAGAAAGAGAGCGAGAGCGGCGAGGGAGGGGGCCGGCCAAGAGAGCGCUCAUUUCCCUCCAUAGCCCCGCCCCCUCACAGUGAAGUGUGACUUCAUUGGUUGUUUGUUGACGUGUAUUUAUUUAAUUUAUUCUAUUUAUUCAGCUGACGUCUCAGUGUGUCUGUCUAAGGGCUGUGGAGGGAAGUGAUGUCACAAGCGUCAAAGAUUCGUCAUUACCUCGGGCGUGCAAGCGUGCAUGCUUGUCUAACUUGUUGGUGUGGAUGUUUAAUGUGUGUGUGGAUGUCUAACGUGUGCGUGGAUGUCUAACGUGUGCAUGGGUGUCUAAGGUGUUUGUGUGUGUGUCUAACGUGUGCGUGGGUGUCUAACAUGUA